UUGUAAUUUGCAUAGUUGAGACUUAAUUCCUUUUUAAAUGGUGAUGUAUUUAGGAUGAUAAUUAUUUACUAUUUAUUUGAUAUGUAUAAUUGUUAAAAAUUUCAUGUAUAAUGUUGAAAAUUCUAGCCCGGGUGAAAAAGAAAAAUUCUAGAGAGAAGCAAAAGGAAUACAAACUGAAACUCGCUUAAAAUUUCACGCCUUCAAAUCUCGUAGUGCAAAAUGACGAAUUUCUAAUAAGUAAUAACUACAUAUAUAUAUUUUUUAAUUGGACUCGACAUUGAGCUGAACAUGUUAGUGAUUCAUGGUUCAAUUAUUAAUUCUCUAGAUUGUUGGUCAAUCGUGUAUGGACUUGUUCAUACUUGUGAUUAGAAUACAUAAAAUACUAUACUAAUUAGGGUUAGAUAAAGAAGACAAAGAAAGAAAUAAUGAAAGGGUUAUGGAAGGCGAGUGAAUAAUGAAAGGAAGAGGAAGUAGAUGGUAGAAAUAGGGCUGGUAAUCGGUCGGUAUCCGGUAUUAAUACCGGUAUACCGAAUACCGAAAGCUAAGCUACAAACAAAAACUUCACCCACUCGACAUUGGGGUUAAGCUAGUACAAGAAGAUAGACAGUUGAAUCACCUGAUAACAUUCAUUCAUUCCAUAGAGUUACACCCAGUUGAAACUAUCAUCUUAAAUUAAGUCUGCUGCAUACAUUCAUUCCAUAGAGUUACACCCAGUUGAAUCACCUGAUAACCUCACUCAACAGCUGCACCCACCCACUUUCAAAACUCCGUUCUUUUCACAAUAAUCAUCAGGAAAGGAAAUGACUUUCUAAGAUAUUAUAAUAUGAAUUCUGAUCAGCAGCAAUCCAAGUCAAACCCAGAUGAACCCAGUAAUCAGACCGAACAUUCAAUUCUCAAAGCAACAGAAUCAGAUGCUACUAUGCUGCUGCCUGCGGGUGAAGAGAAAAGAAGAGGAAGACAGGGGCUCUGCUGGGUCUCGCCUUUCGGGAUGGAGAGAAGGGAAGAGGAGGCGGCGGCGGGGAGAGCUACUAGGGCCGGCGGGGAGAGCUGCUCGGGCCGGCGGGGAGGGCUGCUGGCGGCUGCUCAGAGGAAGACGAGAGGGAGGGAGGCUGCUCGAGGCCGCGGCGGGGAGCGCUGCUGGGGCCGGCGGGGAGCGCUGCUAGGGCCGGCGGGGAGGGCUGCUGGCGGCUGCUUAGAGGAAGACGAGAGUCGAGAGGGAUGGAGGCAGGUCUCGAAUUUUUUAGGGUUGUUGGGUUGCUGCGGCAGAGAGUGAAAGGAAUUGACAACUCAAUCCGCCAAACCCUUCAGUGCACCGCGUUUUACUCUUUUUUUUUUUUAUAAUCGGUAUUACGGUAUACCGGUAUACCGUCGGUAUCUACCGACUCUUAUCCGGUAUUACCGAAUGUAAAAUAACGCCCCCGAAUACCGAUACCGACGGUAUUCGGUAUACCGAAUACCGUCGGUAUCCGGUACGGUAUCCGGUAUACCGGAUACCGGUUUACCGAUUACCACCCCUAGGUAGAAAGGUUUGGACCAAUUCUUUUAGUUGGCCGUCAAUACAACAGUCAACCCUUUUCAUCAUAGCAAUUUAUUGAAACUUGCUUAUGUAGAUGUCGCAUAUUUUGUUACAUGUAUUUAGUAGAAGUUUGUUUAGUACCCCGUAAAUAUACUAAAUUAGUUUAU